AUGUUUCAACGCGAUCCCAGAGCAGGGGCAUUCCUCGGUGGUGACAGAGUAUCUGGGCAGGAUAUCCGUGAUCAGAAUGUAACGGCGGCGCUCUCCAUCGCGAACAUUGUCAGAAGCUCGCUAGGUCCCUUGGGUCUGGACAAGAUGCUGGUUGACAACAUUGGAGAAGUCACGAUCUCCAAUGACGGUGCGACAAUCUUGUCUCUCCUUUCGGUCGAACAUCCUGCCGGGAAGAUCUUUGUUGAUCUUGCGCAAAAGCAAGACAAGGAGGUCGGAGAUGGAACGACAUCUGUCGUAAUCGUUGCAGCAGAGCUCCUUCGACGUGCAAACGAGCUCGUCAAGGCCAGGAUUCACCCCACGACCAUUAUCACUGGUUACAGGCUUGCGUGCCGGGAAGCGGUCAAGUUCAUGCAGGACCAGAUGAGCAUCAAGGUUGAUGCGCUCGGCCGUGACGCUCUCAUAAACACCGCAAAAACGAGCAUGGCUAGCAAAAUCAUUGGCAGUGACGACGAUCUGUUCGCCCCCAUGGCCGUGGAUGCGAUGCUUGCUGUCAAGUCUAUCAAUCUUCGUGGGGACAUAAAGUACCCUGUUAAGGCCGUCAACGUGUUGAAGGCCCACGGCCGGAGUGCUCGUGAAUCGAUGUUCGUUCAGGGUUAUGCGCUCAACUGCACGGUCGCAAGCCAAGCCAUGAAGAAGAGAGUCACGAAUGCAAAAAUCGCAUGUCUCGAUAUCAACCUACAAAAGGCGCGCAUGCAACUCGGUGUCCAAAUCUUGGUCGACGACCCUAGCCAGCUGGAAGAAAUUCGGAAACGGGAGGCUGAAAUCACCCUUGAGCGCAUACGGAAGAUCUUGGCAGCCGGAGCGAAUGUUGUGUUGACGACAAAAGGCAUUGAUGACCUUUGCUUGAAGGAGUUCGUUGAGGCUGGUGCCAUGGCCGUUAGACGGUGUAGGAAAGAGGAUUUGAGACGUAUCGCCAAGGCUACUGGUGGUACACUCAUUUCCAGUCUCGCAAAUUUGGAGGGCGAGGAGACGUAUGAGGCAAGCUACCUCGGGACUGCCGAUGAAGUUGUACAGGAGCGCGUAUCAGACGACGAACUCAUUCUCAUUAAGGGCACCAAGGUCGUCAGCUCGGCUUCCGUCAUUCUUCGUGGUGCCAACGACUAUAUGCUCGAUGAAAUGGAGCGUGCACUUCACGACGUACUGUCAGUGAUUAAGCGUACCCUUGAGAGUGGUUCCGUCGUGCCUGGUGGAGGGGCGGUAGAGUCAGCCUUGAGCAUUUACCUAGAAAACUUUGCCACCACCUUGGGGUCGCGAGAACAACUCGCUAUCGCGGAAUUUGCUGCUGCCCUCUUGACCAUUCCAAAACAACUAGCGGUCAACGCUGCCAAAGACUCCACCGAGCUUGUUGCUAAGCUACGCUCCUACCAUAAUGCCGCUCAAAACGCCCCAGCUGGCGAUCCAAAGAAGGUGCUGCUGCGGUAUGGGCUUGACCUCAUGAAUGGCGAUGUUCGAGACAACGUGACGGCUGGUGUGCUCGAGCCGACGAUGAGCAAAGUCCGGAGUCUGAAGUCUGCCUACGAGGCGGCCAUCUCGCUGCUCCGGAUUGAUGAUGCUAUUCAAUGCGUACCAGAACCUACACAAGAUGAUGGUCAUGGACACUAAGGGUUUACUUUACUGCUUACAAUUACAAUAUAUCGCAAACGUGAAUGGCAUAUUCGUUCCCAACUGGAGCAGCAUUUGCUUU